AAGUCAGUCUGCACCGUGUGGUUUCCCACUGGGUCUUCCACUGUGAUUUCUUUAAUUGCAAGACUCUUUCGUAUGGGGAUAUUUUUAAGCAUUUACACGUGUGGAUUGUAUCUUCGCGUGGCUUUACGGACCGUGUUUUCCAGUCGGUAGUGCUCUCGGUAUCAUCAGUUGGUCGGUGUUGACAUCGUGACAGUGAAACUAACAGCUCAGUAGUACAGUAGCUCCGGGCUAUUGUAACCUUAAAGUGGAAGUACUUCAUGGAAAUACGAGAAAUUCCCAACAUAUUUGGUGUAUAUUUUCCAGUCAGCUCGUCUUGAUUGUACGGGACUCGUAUUACAUCAAGUGUAAAGCUUUUCAUUGAACUUGUGUAAUGAGCGUUGGUUAUGGGGCUAACGUUAACUGUCACUUCAUCAGUCUAUCUUAACGCUCAAAGACAGUUUUAAACGGAUAGUGAAAGACUGGGCUGCCUCUUCCUCACUUUACAACAUGUUAUGAAGACAAGGAACAAGUGGACUGUUUGCUGACCCAUCGUCGAGACUGUAAACAUGAUUUUAACUGCUUAAUUCUGAUCCGAUUUUUCAGUCUUCCUGCAUCUCUGCCAGGUGCUUUCCAUCUGGCUGUCCUCUGAGUCGGAAAUGAAGAAAGGCCAAAUAGCCUCACUGGCAGACAGACAGAGAGCUCCCAUUCCCUGUACGACAGAGAUUGUGUAUAAUUCCACGUUCCUCCAUGCCUUUCUUGGCAUCUAAUGGAAGAAAAAGCACCUGUCAGGUCUGCCAUGGUAUCUAGACUGCCUAAGUUCGGCGGACGCUCCUCGACUGGUGGCGCUAGCCCCUUGUCCAAUGGUUCUACACAGCCAACCACCCCUACCCAGGACGGUAAGACCACUCCCCCAGGAACACGCCCAAAUGGCAUAAUCCGCACCUCUCCUUUUUCCCUGAAAUGGAAGAGAGACGAAGGGACGACCCCUCUGAGCCCCACCACCCCCACCAGCCCUGGGGAUGUAGUUGAAGACAAGGCUCAGACACAGCUUCCCUUGCUAACAAAGGAGGCGAAGAAUGGUGCUCCAGCGACACCCAAGAUGCGGAGGUCAGGUGCUUUGAUGGUGGCUGUCUCCAGUCCCAAGGCGAUCCCCAAGCAAUCUGUCAAAAUGAGCCCCAAAGUGGGGACCAAGCUAGGCCAAAGCCCACUGAAUGGUGGUCCUAAAAUUGGCAAUAAUGGCUCCAGCAUUCCGGCUCGAACAGGCUCAGAGUCCCGCCUUUUGCGACCAAGGUUAGGCUCAAGCUCUCCCAGAAGCAGCUCUCAAGACAGCCUGUCCCAGUCCAGUGACAGCCUGAAGACCUUGACAGUGGACAACAUGGUGCGUUCGAACAGCUUCACUCACUUCAAGCAGAUUCCCUCGCCCACCAGCCAGCCUAUGACACGCUCCUUCUCCUUUAACCGCGCUGUGGAGCUUGCCAAGCCUUUAGCAAACACUCAGCUCCGACCUCCUCGAAGUAGUUUUCUCAAACCCCCUCAGCUGAGCAAUGGAAGAGUGGGUUUAGGACUCGGAGGGCUAAAUGGCAGCCUUGGAAGUUCAGGAGGUCUCAGUGGAGGACUUAAAGGACUUGAGUACAGUAAAACUCCUUCAGCUGCCUCAUCUCUGCCUGCCCUCUCAAUCCCUCCAGCACCCUCUACUCCCAGCACUCUGAGGAAGCCUCUGCUCCCCAGUUGUGUGCUUAACAAAUCACUGGGCAGCAGUGGGGGAGCUCUGGUUUCCAGACUUGCUCGAUCUGGGCAGGCCAAGCAGCAGAAGCCUCUUUUUCCAGGUAGAGUCAAGGGGGAUAUCAGACCUUCAACUGCCCCUGAAUGCAGAGGGCUGUUAGGGAUGGCAGCAGACUCUGAGCAGACUGUUGAGGCUGACAAAGCGGACUCACACAGUGACAGUGAUGUGAGCUCUGGAGGAGGAAAAGGAGGAGGGAGUGGGUUGCUUGGAAAGAGCUCUGGCCAGACAGCAGGAGAGACUCUGGAGGACAUGUCAGUAUCUUCUGCCUCAUCUCUAGACAGAGGCGACACCAGUGAGGAGUUUCUCGAUGACUUUGACUGUGUGGGAGAUGUGUUCAGUGAUGGGGACCUGCCUGACAACAGAAAAACUGGCAGCAGUACUCAAACGCGCCUACACAGCUUUCUCAACGAGACCCUUGACUGGGACACUAUGGAUCUGGCAGGGCAUAAAGAAGAGAGCCCGAUGCAGGACUCCCAGGGACCACUGGUGUUGUCUUCAGAGCAAGGUGACGUCCUUCAGGCUUCGUCUGUGGAGAUGUCACCCUCCAAUAGCUCUGGUGGGACAUACAUGUGGGAUGAGGAUGGUCUUGAGCCACUUGGGGGCCCUGGGACACAUCCAUGUGACAGCUAUGAUGAUUCGGAGCUCAACAGCAUGGAUAUCCUGAACAACCUUGACCCUCCAGGAAGUGGAGAGUUGGACGAUGAUGACCUCAUGCUGGAUGUGGACCUCCCGGAGGAUGGCUUGCAUGACGCUGAUAGGAUGUCCCACUUUGAGCGCUCAGAGAGGGCCGGUCGGCAGGGGCAGCGGCGUAGACACCAUCGCUGGAGCGGACCUGAUCACUUCUACAAUGACAGGGCCCAUGCUGUGCAGCACUACGAUGGUCUCAAGGCUUCAAGGAUCACAUCGCGGCCCAUCCCCCCUGAGGGCAGGCAGCAUGGCUACAUGGCAAUGCUGGAUAAUCUCACACUCGAACACAUGACUCAGGACUGCAGCUCGCUCAAGAAACAGCUGCUCAGGCUCAAGACGUUACUACAGCUUGAGGAUACCGAUUCUCCAGCAGAUGUUCCUGAAGAGAUUGAAAACAAUACAACUGCAUCACAGUUGGAGGAGCUGAUUAAGGAAGUGCAGGUGCUCAGAGAGGAGCUGAGGAGUCGAGACAAGACCAUUGCUCAGCUCACACUGCAGUGUCAGCAGCUACAACAACAUCAGCGCGAACAAAUGCCUGCUCAGGGGCGGCCGGUCAGGUGUCAGUGCCACCACCAGAGGGCUCCCUCUUCACUACGACAGGGCGACAGACAGAUGGACAAACGGAUGCAGCAUCACUAUGACAAGGCCACACAGACGUACUGGAGACCACCGAGCCAUGCUCCUCAAAUACUACAGCCUUUCAACCCCUGCCUCAAAGAGCACCUCCACAAGGAAAGACUAGCAAAAACUCCCCCCACCGAGGGCCACAGUGAACUCAGAAGAAGCAGAUCAGAGGAAGGAACUCACAUAGACACUGAUCGUGCUCUUGAAGACCUUAUUGCAGAUGUGUCUGGGCCAGCGAACCCCGACAAGCUGAAUCAUCUCCUCGGCACCCACCUGCGUCGCCCAGGCCCCGGGGCUCCACAGAAGGUAACUGCCAGAGACAGUCCAACAUCAGCAGCUCAGUCUGCAGCACAGCAUGACCGGAGAUCUCCUGCUGCAACACCACAGAGUUCUGUCACUCCUAAAUGUGCUGGUUCGACUAGCCCUCGCAUGCUGCAGCCUCCUCGCCUUCACAAGCGUGUGUCUCUCCCUGCACUCAAGCCAGGGGGCACUGGUGGCUUUGCCUCUCUGAAGCCGGGCUGUUUCUUAGGGCCUCUGGCUAACCGAGCCAAGCAGCUGCCCCCUCCGUCUAGAGGCCUUCCCUGCUUUAAUGUUGAACCCCAGGGUCAGGCUCCAAGUGUGUGUCGCACUUCACUGCUUGAGCAUCGCAGAGCACCGGAGCCUUGCAGGGAUCCACGGUGCUCCAACUCAAGCCUGGAGCAGCCCGACCGGGGGACCCCCAAAGACCCAGGGUCAACCAAGUUCCUGAUCCCUCUGAGUCGCUCAUGCCUCCCCAAGCCAAAGAUUCCCUGAGGAGCUUAUUCCCACCCAUCAAAACUUAAAACUGGAAUGACUCUGACAUUUAUAUCCAUCCCCUUCUCUACCCUGCCAUAAUAACAGUGUGAUUUUUUUAAUUUGUGAGUGUCAAAGGAACAUACACUGAGCUCAUUAACCAAUAUGGACAAUUCAGGGACUGCCUGUGUCGCUGACAUUGGUAUUGUGACUGCUGUAUUGUUUCUAAAUUAGCAUCUACAACUCCAGCCUGACUGACUAAUUGAUAUGUAGUAUGUAGCAGGAUCUUAUCUACGUAACAAUCCAUAUGACAGUUUUCAGAUUGAUUAGAAUCUAUGGAAGAAGAAUUGUCCAGGUUACAGGCCUUGCACGUGCACAUGAAUGCUGCUGAUGGGAAAAAAGUAUGUGUUAACAUUCAGAGAAGUUAGCUUUAGUUUUGUUUUGUAAGACCCGCUGGCUGUUAACAGAUUCAAAAGUCUUAAGUUCACUUGUCCUCACACAGCUGUGCCCUCUGACACCCAGGUGCAUUUGGUUUUAAACAUGGAGGUGGCAUAAAUGUGACCUUUGCAGUGUAAUAGAAGGCCAGGGGGAAGAUGGAGGCAAAAACAAAAAGUGGUAAAGAAAGAAAAAAAGAAUAAAAUAACAGCAAAAGUGGAAUGGGGUGGCAGACUUAAAAAACAAAUGCGUCAAAGUGCUCCACAGCUGUCACUCCCAGAAUGAAAAUACGUGUUUGUGUAUGAAAGUGAGAGGCGAGAGACACAGAGGUGAGGUCCAUACAUGUUUCUAGUUCAGUUUGCUCUGCUUACAUCCUGAACCUGCACGUAUUAGCAAAUAGGGUCUCUGACCUCUGGUGUAUAUACAGCUCAGACGAAAAUAUUGGCUUCUAAAAAGUAACACUAUGCUGGGGUUGGAGAUAUGAUUAGGAGAAAGUGUGCAAGUGAGGAAUCAGCUUUCAUAAUGUAGCAGAAAAGAGCAGCGUAAUAAAGCACUCACAAACUUUGCUCAGGUACAGUGUAGGCUCACUCAUGUUUCCAUGUGUCUGUUAUUUCAGGACUAUUUUGUCCAUUUACAGGGAGGAAACAGUGAAGAGUAACAGGAGGUAUGAUGCAUUAUGAGAGUGAGGAAACAGCAAAGCUAAUUUUAAGGUCUAGAUUGUAAGAGUUCGGGGAUAUAUGGGCAGAAAUAGAAUAUAAUAUGAUAAGUAUGUUUUCUUGAGUUUAUAAUCUGCUGAAAAUACAACUAGAGUUUAUGUUACCGUUUCUAUAGUAGCCCAGAAUGGACAAACCAAGCACUGGCUCUAGACAGAGCCGUUUUAAUGUUGGCCACCAUAGUUAGCAGCCCCUCUGCAAUGAGCUGUGUCCGAAAAACACAGAUUUUUUAACAUAAAACUGCUGCAUUCAUGUUGCAUUAAUGCUCUCUUAUAUUUUGACCAAAGUGUCCUAGAAGCAGCGGCGGUUGUUGUCUGCUAUGACACACUAUAUUGGAUAAAAUGAUUGAUUGUCCAACAUGGCAUUCAUUGGCAUUUAUGACCCAAACUGAUAUUUUUGGAAAGCUGUGUCAGGCUAUAAUCGCACUGAUAUCAUGAAGUCUGAACCCGUUAUCACCCUUCACUGAAAAGAGAGACAUUGAUCACAUCAUUUAUUUAUAUUUAAUUUAAAAAUAUAUAUAUUUGAAAAUUAAUGAGUUACUUCAAGUAAAGUCAUUGAAAAAGAAAAAUAGUGCUUAAAAAGCACAAGUCCUUGAAAUUUGUUUUUAUAACAUCUGUAUAAAGAUUGAUGUUAUCAGAGCAAACAAGUAAGCACACAUUUGCUAGCCUAGCGGCCUGUCUCUGACAUGUGACAAUGUUUUUAUCAGUUCUAAUCACUGUGUCUGUUUGUUUGGAGAGGAAGAGACCUCUGAGAAGAUUUCGGCUCCAUGUAUAAACUUCCUGAACUGUUAACACAGAGGGAAUACUCACCAAAAGAAAUUUCAGCUUGUUGCAAUAUGCAAUUCUCACCACCAGAUGCCACUAAAUCCUCCAAAAUCUUAUACACUGCUGCUUUAAUAUCGUACAGUCUUGUAAUUUGUAAUUAACAGACAGACACAACACAAAGAAAUCUGCCAGUGAAAAAAGUAAGUGUCACUUGUUUCUAGUGCUAACAAAUGUGUUGUGAACAUUUUAAAAGAAAAAAAAAACCUAAUUUGAAGAAAUUAUUAUUUGAUGGAAGAAAAUUAAAGUCAGGUUGAGAAAAAUGCCAUUAAAGUAAAGGAAUUUGAGAGUCAAUUAAAAAACUUUGAGACAAUUAAAAACGUCUUCCUUGAACUGCCUCCCUCAAUGACCCACACAUGGAAACAUCAGCUUACAGGGACUCAUUAGGUGUGUGAAGUUGCUGCCUGGUGUGUGUGCGCGCGCAUGUGUGUGUAUGUAUGUUUGAGUGUCUGAGCAGUCCCCCCC